CGCCACGCCCUCGCUCCGUGCCUCAUCUUCCUCCUCGCGCGAGCGCCGCCACCCCUCCCUCCCCAUCCCGCUGCCGGGCGCCGCAGACCCCUGCCUCGUCUCCUCCACCGUAGGUAUCUAUCUCCCAUUCGAUUCUCUCGGUCCCGACCUCCCAUCACCCCACGAGGCCACGAACCCUGUAGUUCCCCGUCAUAAUCUUCCCCAAUUCGUAACUGAGGCAAAAAUCAAGGUAGGGCGGCCGCCCUACCUUGCCCUACCGGGUCCUCCGCCCGUGGCUGGACUAGAACUCCACCGCAGGACCUCAUACAGUUGCUCGCUCAAACGCCUCUCUCGUCUGCGUUCUCGACCACACCUUGCCCACACGAGCUUGGUGUACUCAGAGAUGGCGGAGGAGACAUUUUUUGAUAGGAUGGUUUCUCAGCUUCGGUCGACAUCCAAGUACUACACUGGAUAUCCCAAGGAUCUGGGGCCAUCAAGAAUUAUACCAUUCACGUCAGAGCGCCAAUUUGUGCAGUUAUUAAAUGAAGGACGGCCUGUGGUUGUGGCCUUCACUAUUAAGUGCACUUAUACACAGCAUCUUGACAAAGUACUGGAGGAAGCUGCUUCUACAUUUUAUCCUCAUAUAAAGUUUGUUCGGGUGGAGUGCCCAAAGUAUCCUGGAUUUUGCCUCACAAGGCAAAAGACUGAGUAUCCAUUUCUUGAAGUAUUUUACAACCCAGAACAGGCUGCUAAACCAGGAAAGAUAGUCGAUCCAAAUAUCACAAAAUAUUCUGCAAAAGUUCUACCUUUCAACUACGACCAGAGUGUGUACGGGUUUCGAGAAUAUUUUAAGAAGUAUGGAUUCAAGUACUCUGAAACAAGCUAGGUCUAUCAUCAAGAAGCCCUGCAGACUUAACCGGACCAACUCGCCUGAUUUAAAUGAACCUUCAGCCUGUACUAUGUUUAAUCAUAUCUGCGGAAUGCGUAGUUGGAUACUUCACUCUUAUUAUAUACUCCCUCCUUUCCAUUAUUCUUAUCUCAAAUUUGUCCAAAAAUGGAUGUAUCUGUUACUAAAAAGCGUCUAGAUACAUGUAAUAUUUCGACAAGAAUUAUGGAAUGGAGGGAGUAGUAGUAUUAGCUUUUGCCAUGGCAAAUGUUUAGAAAAACUUAGCCAAGAUGUCAGCUAGGUUUCCAGUAUGCUCAAGACUGAGUAGAACUUUUCUGGGUAUUGCAUGUUGUUUUCAUGGAAUCUAUGAACUUCAAUCUCAAA